GCCUCUAAUCUGCGUUCGAUUGAGACUUCCUGUGUGGUAGAACUGAGAGAGGGCAGGCGAGCGCGUAAUCAGCUCUGCCUACGGACUAGUUUACGGUAAAAUUGCUGCCUGUACCGACAAAAGUGCUCUUUUGGACUUAAUCGGGAAUGAAAUGCUUAGGUACACCUAUAAUGUUGCUGGCUAGCCCUUGACUGCGUUAGCCGGAGAUCUAGACGGCGCAGAGAUCCACGGUGCGGGUCAAGCACAUCUCACCCGACAAACUGAAAAAAGAAGAGGCCAAAAAAGACAACUGUAACUGGAGGAAAAAAGUGUCUACCAAUCCUCACGGAUUGCCGCAACGUCGAAGAUUAUCGGGACAUGAUGACCACGGAGGAACUGUACGAGGUGGAGAGAAUAGUGGGUAAGCGUAAGAACAAGAAAGGGAAGACUGAGUAUCUGGUCCGCUGGAGAGGCUAUGGCUUUGAGGGAGACACAUGGGAGCCGGAAAGUCACCUGUCCAGUUGCAUUCAGUUCAUCCAUGAAUUUAAACGUCAGCACAGCGAGAAGCAGAAAGAUGGAGCUUUAAUACGUUCCACACGCGGCGCUCCCAGCACAACCGGAGGUAACACUAGCAUCAAUGCCCGCAAACAGAUCAGCAGGCCUCAUCAACCCAGCAGCAGUGCGAGUCCUAGCCCAGUGAAGAACUCUCCACCUGCCCCAAGCACACCCUUCAGCAGCUCCACGAAACUGCUUCAGCCACCACAGCCUUCACCAGACACCAUUGACAGUGGGAGUAAAGCAAAUGCACAGCAGCAGAAGAGCAAGCGUUCAGCUGGCAUGAGCAGUACUGGCGUAACGAGCACAAUAAGUGAUACUAUCCCAAUGGCAGCGCCAACUACAGCCCCCACUGUGAGUGCACUACGCCGUAGUAUGGACCUGGCUAAAUCUGGCAUUAAAAUUCUAGUGCCAAAGAGCCCAAUGAACAACCGCACUGACACAGAGGAGUCGCCCAGUGAGGCGGCGCACAGUUUGGAACAGGGAGGCCAAGAGCCAGAUGCAGUUCCUCCUGAAGUUGCCCUGCUGGAGAAACCUGCCGGGAUUGUGCGUGUACCAGGAGAGGAGCGGGCUCGGAUGGGCACGAGGCCCAGGACGCAAAUGGCCCUUCCACCACCACAGAUUCCCAUUACACCAGCGGCUGUCAGCAUGUUAAACGGGAAAGGAGUGACUACUCUCAUGGAGGCAUCAUCAGCCAAUGGAACAGCCAUUACACAGAGUGGUGCGGCAGGAGGGAUGGGCAGCUCAGGGCUAACAGGGAAACGCCGUUUUGAGGACCGUGCGACUUUCGACAAGCGCUUGCGUUUCAGUGUUCGUCAAACUGAGAGUGCAUACCGUUACAGGGACAUUGUAGUUAAGAAACAAGACGGCUUUACACACAUUCUGUUCUCUACUAAAACCACAGAGAACAACUCAUUGAAUCCUGAUGUAAUGAAGGAGGUUCAGAGUGCCAUGGCCACAGCUGCAGCUGAUGACAGUAAACUUGUGCUGCUAAGCGCUGUGGGAAGCGUGUUUUGCUUUGGUCUCGACUUCAUUUACUUCAUCAGACGGCUCACAGAUGACAGGAAAAAAGAAAGCAUCAAAAUGGCAGAGACAAUCAGAACAUUUGUCAACACCUUCAUUCAGUUCAAGAAGCCCAUCAUUGCUGCUGUGAAUGGACCUGCUAUUGGGCUUGGAGCGUCUAUUUUGCCCUUGUGUGAUGUAAUCUGGGCCAAUGAGAAAGCUUGGUUCCAGACUCCUUACACAACUUUUGGUCAAACCCCAGAUGCUUGUUCCUCUGUAACAUUCCCUCUCAUCAUGGGAGUAGCCUCGGCAAAUGAAAUGUUAUUGAGUGGGAGGAAGCUGACAGCCCAGGAGGCUUGUGCCAAAGGACUGGUGUCUCAGGUUCUGUGGCCAGGGACCUUCACACAGGAAGUCAUGGUUCGCAUUAAGGAGCUAGUAUCUUGUAAUUCAGUUGUUCUGCGCGAGUCCAAAGCGCUGGUGCGGAACAUUAACCGGGCCGCCCUGGAGCAGGCCAACGAGAGGGAAUGUGAGGCACUUAAGAGGGUCUGGGGCUCUCCUCAGGGCAUGGACUCCAUACUCAAAUAUCUCCAGAAGAAAAUAGAUGAAUUCUAAGUAGUUAAAAUGUCCUGCGGAUGUCAAAAUCUCCAUUUUCAUCUGCAGACACCAUUCUCAAGUGCCUGAUGUUGAUGCCAGAGUUGAUUUAUUAAGACAAGGAUUGUCAGUGGUGAAUCUUCAUUACAAACUUUGUUUAGUAGGAUUGUGAUGGAAAAAACACGACGUGUUCUAACCUGCAUUCGCCUUCGUCCAGGGCGCAUUUCCUUUUUAUCAGACUGCAAAAAAGCAGCAUCUCUUUCUGCUACACUUGAUAAUGUACUUAAUACAGAGUUUGUGAUACAUCUUGCAUGUCUUUCUCUAGACACUGUGCAGAAAGAAAAAUCUGUCCUUCUCUUGCCUUCAUGUAAAUUCAUGUCAUCCUUUGACUCUAGCUCUGUUCUAUCAAGACUGGCCACAAACGUAUGACUUGUCUAAAUAUGACACGGUCCCGAAUUGCUUUGUCAUAUGUAAUAUGGUAUUGGAUUAUUUUUUAACACGCCUCUAAUGGGGAUUUGAAUAGGUUGAAGUUUUGCGUUUGUGUGUGUAUGUGUGUGCACGCGUGCCUCAGUUUGAUUACCGUUAAAGGGAUAGUUCACCUAAAAAUGUUGUCAUCAUUUACUUACCCUCAAGUUCUUCCAAACCUAUAUGACUUUCUUUCGUAGAACACAAAAGGAGAUGUUAGGCCCAGCAUUAGCCUCAGUCACUGUUCAUUUUCAUUGUGUGGCUGAGGCUGUCAUUCUGCCUAACAUUUACUUUUGCGUGCCACAGGUGAGAAAAAGUUAUACUUUUUUGGAACAAAUAAUGACAUAAUUUUUCUUUGGGGGUGAACUUUCCCUAUGAACUAACAGGCCAUUAUUAGAAUCAAGCCUUUCGUAAGCAGUAGGCUAUUCUUUAUUAGGUACUUUUAUUACAUUGUCUUUGUAACUGUAAAAGUCUUAAGGGAAUAGAUCACCCAAAAAUGAAAAUUCUCAUAAUUUACUCACCCUUAUGCCAUCCCAGAUGUGUAUGACUUUCUUCAGCAGAACACAACUGAAGAUUUUUUUAGAAAUAUAUUUCAGCUCUUUAGGUCCACACAAUGCAAGUGAAUGGGUGCCAGUAUUUUGAAGCUCCAGAAAUCUCAUAUGUCCACAUAAAAGUAAUCCAUACAACUCCAGUGGUUAAAUCAAUGUCUUCAGAAGCGAUCUGAUAGGUGUGGGUGAGAAACACAUCAAUAUUUGAGUCAAUGUUUACUAUAAAAUCUCCACUUCAACUUUCACAUUUUUCUUGUGUUUUUUGUGAUUCACAUUCUUCAUGCAGGGAGAAGAAUCUCUUGCAAAAAUGGACUUAAAUAUUUAUCUAUUUCUCACCUGCACCUAUUAUGUCACUUCUGAAGACAUGGAUUUAACCACUGGAGUCAUAUGGAUUAAUUUUAUGCUGCCUUAUGUGCUUUUUGGAAUGUCCAGACUUUGACACCCAUUCACUUGCAUUGUAUGGACCUACAGAGCUGAGAUAUUCUUCUAAAAAUCUUAAUUUGUGUUCUGCAGAAGAAGGUCAGUCACACAUCUGGGAUGGCAUAUGGGUGAACUAUUCCUUUAACCUUGAUUAUUCAGACAGAUCUUCAGCAUUGACAUCGGUAAGCCUUUUGUAGUAAUUUUGCCUUUAUGAAUGGAUACUCCCCUUUGCCUAAUGUUGUGGCAACAUCAAUGCCUGUGGAAGAUUAUUUAAUCUAAUUAUUAAACAAAUGCUUAGGAAUUUGGCAUCAAUGCUGCUAUAGCAUCAAUUUAAGCAGACCUGACUGACCUUACUAAUGCUUAAAAAGUCUAUGAACAUGAUUAUGCUCAGUUUAAAUUGGCCAUAACAUUCAAGUGAACAAAAUAUAUACUCAAAUUAAUGUGGAUUUGCAAGCUUCUGGUUUAAAUAACAGGAAUUAAGUUAUUUGUAUCAAAGUUAAACUUUGUACAUUUUGCUGGUUUAAUUUGAAUGUUUUUAGAUUACAAACAGUUUGCUUUAGAGUAACAAUAUACCACCAAAUAUUUUUGAUGUAAAUGUUGAUCACUUAAUUUUUUUAAUUUAAUAACUUAAUGACAAAUGUAAUGAGUUAUAUUCCUCAUAUGAGUCAACUAAGAAUGCUGGCAUUUUGAACCUGCAUACAUGUGUUCUGCUGACUCGAACAGAUUGGACUGCUGUGUCAUUAGAAGAGUCCUGGAUAUUAAACGUACAUCCCUAAGGGAAGAUCCUACUGAAAACAGUGUUGCCUUAUCCACUAUAACGCCUACUAUAUAGUAUGCACUAUUAUUGGAUGGCAAAGGCUUUCUUUCAAUUCAAUAUUUUAUUUUUGUAUAAUAAUGGAGUGUGGGGUUGAAGUAGGUUGAGAAAUAUGGGUUAUGAGAAUUACGAAACUGCAUCCUGACCAUGUUUCAAACAAAUACAACAUUAUAAUUUUAAGAGUGCUAACAAAUACCUGCAGAAAUAUCUACAGUUGAACCUCAGUUUUUCCCAGUCUGAUAAUCCUACCUGUAAAAAAAAUUUUUUUUUUUUUUUUUUUUUU